CGUCGGACUCGGCGGUCCCUGCCUCGUCACGUGCGCCCCUGCGCGUACACACUGCUGUCGGGGGGUUGGGGAGGACGAGGAAUCGAAAAAUGUCGAGCGAGAGCGCACACUGAUUGGAAACAUUCGUGGCAUUUUCUCGGGAGAUACCGCACCAGGGAAUAGACUGACAUAUUGCAAACGGACGUAUUAAAAAAAAUUAUCAAGGUGACCUUCGCAUUGCCUGCAAACACAGGCCGGGAGGUGAAAGUCUCCCAACUGUCGGCGUGCUCGCGCCAAGGCUUUUCUGCGUCGCCCAAAAACUUUAAACAUUCAUUUUGGCACAACAAAGCAUGUUUUUCUCCCCUUAGUUGAUUUGACAACACAGCUGUCAGCUAUGAUUCACUUGUACGUGCAUAGCAGUCCCACCUAAGCAGACUCCGCGCUGAACUCGUCCCUCGUGUGACAGCUCCAAAAAACAGCCGCGGGCCUCAUCCUAGUCUAGUAUGAGUUAUGACAUCUCUCAGUCGGCGGCCAGCAGCAACGCCCGGGGGCGAGCGCCAAGGGCUGCCGAGAAGGACAACGCCCAGGGGGAUGACUCCAAAGGGGUAAACGCCGCGAAAAGCGCCGGCGCCAAUGUCCCCACUCCGGAGCAGGGCAACGGUGCCGGCGCCGGGGCCGGUUCACCCCCCAGCGAAGGAUCCAGAGCCGGCGAUCAAAGGGGGCCCAACUCGGACGACACGGACGGCCUGUCCAGCGGGAACGACUCCGGCGAGAGGGAGACGGGCUCCCGCGGGCGCCAGUCCACGCGCAGCUCGCACAGUUCGUCCAAUGGGAAGGACUCGGCCAUGAUGCUGGAAACCACAGAGAGCCAAAAGAGCUCCAACUCGCAGAGCCUGUCUCCCCCAAGCGGCUCCCUGGCCUACAGCCUGCUGUCCACCAGCUCCGAACACGACCCGCCCUCCACCUCCGGAUGCAGCAGCAAUCAGUCGGCGAGGGUCCAGACCCAGAAGGAGCUCAUGAAGGCCAUCAAGGAGCUCAAGCUCCGCUUGCCGGCCGAGCGCAAGUCCAAGGGCCACUCCAGCACGCUGAACGCGCUGAAAUACGCCCUGCAGUGUGUCAGACAGGUCCGAGCCAACAAGGAGUACUAUCACCAGUGGAGUGUGGAAGAGUGUCACGGGUGCAGCCUGGACUUGUCCGCCUUCACGAUCGAGGAGCUGGACAACAUCACCUCGGAAUACACCCUGAAGAACACGGACACGUUCUCAAUGGCGGUCUCGUUCCUGUCAGGGAAGGUCGUGUACGUGUCGCCUCAGGGAUCGUCGGUGUUGCGUUGCAAGCCCGAGUGUCUCCAGGGCACCAUGUUUUCGGAGCUUUUGGCUCCGCAGGACAUCAGCACUUUUUACAGCGGCACGGCGCCGUGCCGACUGCCCCUGUGGGCCUCCUGCAUCGGAUCCGCCUCGCCCGCCAUGGACUGCACUCAGGAGAAGUCCAUGUUCUGUAGAAUCAGCGCCGACCGGACGCAGGGCGGCGAGAUGCGCUAUUAUCCGUUUCGCCUGACGCCCUACCAGCUGACCAUCAGGGAUUCGGAUAAUGCCGAGCCACAGCCCUGUUGCCUGCUCAUCGCGGAACGGGUUCACUCCGGAUACGAGGCACCUCGCAUCCCUCCUGACAAGAGGAUCUUCACCACCAGUCACACUCCCAGCUGCCUCUUCCAAGAAGUCGACGAGAGGGCGGUGCCUUUGUUGGGAUAUCUGCCUCAGGACUUGGUGGGAACCCCAACCCUGCUCUACAUCCACCCUGAUGACCGGCCCACUAUGGUGGCCAUACACGAGAAGAUCUUUCAGUUUGCCGGGCAGCCGUUUGAGUAUUCACCGUUGAGGAUGUGCGCUCGCAGCGGGGAAUACUUAACCAUCGACACCAGCUGGUCUUCCUUCGUCAACCCGUGGAGCCGCAAAGUGGCCUUCAUCGUCGGGCGCCACAAAGUCCGAACGAGCCCGCUGAACGAGGACGUGUUCACGGCGCAGGGCUGCGAGGGCCGCGCCACCACGCCCGACAUCGUGCAGCUCAGCGAGCAGAUCCACCGUCUCCUGGUGCAGCCGGUGCACAGCGGCGGUUCUCAGGGUUACAGCUCGCUGGGGUCCAGCGGGUCCCGAGGCUCCCACCACUCACACUUGCAGCAUCUCAGCGCCUCGGCCGCCUCCUCCAGCGACAGCAACGGGCCCGCCAUGGACGACGCCGCGGUCGCAGUCACCUUACAUAAGCCCAUGACCUUCCAGCAGAUCUGCAAAGAUGUUCACAUGGUCAAGACCAACGGGCAGCAGGUCUUCAUCGAGUCUCGAAAUCGGCUGCCGGCCAGAAAAAACACCAGCACAGUCGCCACAAGUAGUCCGAGAGCCACCGACGGCGACCCCAUUGGAGGCCUCGUUGCGGACGCGAUCAAACCUCCGACGGAUCUGGUCCCUGCACCGCUCGUACAGAAAGAGCCCCCGCCUGGAUAUUCCUACCAGCAGAUCAACUGCUUGGACAGCAUCAUAAGGUACCUGGAGAGCUGCAACAUUCCUAAUACGGUCAAAAGGAAGUGUGGCUCCUCCUCCGGGGCUUCGGCUUCAGAUGAGGACAAACAGCAGCAGCAGGAAGCCGGCGGAAACGCCAAAGGUGCGUCCGUUAGCCGGGUGGCCGAAGCCCCGCCCCUGCCCUCGCUGACUUUGGCCAUGAAGGCCGAGAGCGUGGCCUCCGUCACGUCCCAGUGCAGCUUCAGCAGCACCAUCGUCCACGUGGGGGACAAGAAGCCCCCCGAAUCAGACAUCGUGAUGGAAGAGGCCCCAACCACUCCAACGCACGCUCCUCCGAACUUCUCCCCGACGGCGCCCCCUAGUGGCCCCAGUCACAUCUCGGCGCCGCCGCCUCCCCCUCCCCCUCUCCCCCCGCCCGCCGCGCCGCCACCCCAAGCUACGGCGCCAACGCUGUCGGAGAGGGACAGCCGGCACGGCGUGGGCGGCAACGGCCGGGUGGGCCUGACGAAGGAGGUGCUGUCGGCGCACACGCAGCAGGAGGAGCAGGCCUUCCUCGACCGAUUCAAGGACCUCAGCAAGCUGCGCGUGUUCGACCAGACGGCGUCUUCGACCGUGCGCUGCCACACGCCGGCCGGCAACCCUCUGGCGCGAGGGGUGCGUUGCUCCCGGGACUACCCGGCCGCAGGGGGCGGCUCCAGUCACAGGCGUGGCCGCGGGGGCAAAAGGCUCAAGCACCAGGAGUCGCCCGAGCAGCACAGCUCUCUGGGGAUGCACCAAGACCCAAGAACCAGAUCGGCGGCCGGACCGCUCAACGCGCCGCUCGGGGCCCCCACCAACUCCUCCUCCUGGCCGUCUGUUUGCUCUCAGCCCAGCAUUCCCUCGGCGCCGUUUGCGCCCGGCAUGGUUCCCAUCUACCCCGUCUACCCGCCGAUCCCUCAGGCUUUAACGGUCCCGGACCCGUCGCGUUUCCCCCCUGCCCAGAUGGUGCCCCCCAUGAUGGCCUUGGUUCUCCCCAAUUACAUGUUCCCUCAGAUGGGGGCGCCACUAUCUCAGCAGUUCUUCAGUCAAAACUACAAUUAUCCCAGCUCCACCCCCGCCCCAGCGCCGGUCCCCGCGGCCGCUUGCAACCCGGUCUCCAUUCCCGGGACGAGCGCAGCAUCUCGCAGCAGCACUCCCCAGUCCUGCACUCAGACGCCCGCUGACCGCGAGGGCGCAGAGUCGCCCCUCUUCCAGUCCCGAUGCAGCUCCCCCCUGAAUUUGUUGCAGCUGGAGGAGUCACCGAACAACCGGUUAGAGGUCGGCACCGCGCUGGCGGCCUCGCAGCAAGCCACGCCCCCCGUGCAGGGGGGUCCGCCCGGGUUGCAGGGCUCGGCUAAUCAGAGGAACGCCGACGACGGCGCCAAAGAGAACGAGAACGGGGAAGCCAACGAGUCCAACAACGACGCCAUGUCGACUUCCAGCGACCUGCUGGACCUGCUGCUGCAGGAAGACUCGCGAUCGGGAACCGGCUCCGCCGCAUCCGGAUCGGGGUCGUCGGGGACCAGGUCCUCGGGGUCUGGCUCCGGUUCCAACGGAUGCUGCUCCUCUGGCACCAGCGGCACCAGUAGCAGCCAAGGCAGCCACACCAGCAAAUAUUUUGGCAGCAUCGACUCAUUAGAGAACGAGCACGGCCGCAAGCAGCCGGCGGGGGCCGGCGGAGGCGCCGGGGGGGACGGCGGCGAGGAGCAGUUCAUCAAGUGCGUCCUGCAGGACCCCAUUUGGCUGCUGAUGGCCAACGCCGACGACAAGGUCAUGAUGACCUACCAGCUCCCUCUCAGGGACGUGGAGGCGGUGCUGCGUGAGGACCGCGAGGUGCUGAGGAGCAUGCAGAAGCAUCAGCCUCGCUUCAGUGAGGAACAGAAGAGGGAGCUGAGUCAGGUGCACCCUUGGGUGCGCACGGGACGCCUCCCCAGAGCCAUCAACGUCUCUGGCUGCGCAGACUGCAGGUCUCCGGCGUCGCUCCCCCACGCCGCUCCCUUCGACGUGGAGAUCCACGAGAUGGAACUGUGCAGCGUGCUGAAGCCGCCAAAGAGGGGGGCCACCAAGGUCAAGAAAAGCUCGUCGGAGGCGGCCAUGGACGAACGCCCCCCCGAGGAAGACGACGAGGAGGACGACGAGGAAGACGAGGGGCAAGAGGAAGGGGGCCAAACGCAGGAAAGCGCCCAAGCGGUGACCGCGGACAAGCUCAGAGCGACAUCGGGGGCGGCGGACGGCGAAGCUGGACCGCCGCAGUCCGACAUGAGUCACUAAGUGACUUCAUAAAGCACUACUUUUUAUAACUUUUAAUUUUAAUGUGCGCCUUCCUGAAGUGAACACGACGACAUCACCACGACCGAGACAGCCGCUGCGUUUCUCAGCACUCAGGGUUCGGACUCCAAACUGAAUCCCGGACUAUCGUUAAGACGUCGCGGGAACCGGCGCCGUCAGCGCUCCUCUCCCGUCGGUCGUAUUUAUUUCAUUUAUUUGGAAGACACGUUCACAAAACGGCACCUCCCCCCGGCUUCCCCGUCGCGUCGGCCGCUCGUGUAAAUAACGCAAAAUGUACAGUGCGGCAAAAAGACGAGGUGACUUUAAUUUUGUAAAAAUGUGUAUAUUUUUAUAUUCAUCCGCUGCAAACGGGCUGUGGACGACCGGGCCUGAGCUGUGUAAAAUAUUAAAAUGUUGAUUCACGCAGGCCCGUUUUUUUUGUUUUGUUUUUUGGUGCACUAAAAAGAAAGAGAAUGCGUAGCAAAGUGUUUUUCCGAGAGGCCCCACUCACCCCCCCCCCCCCAAAAAAAAAAAAUUGAUCACUUUCUCCUCUUUGGCACUCUGUGGCGCUGUCGUGGUCAUGUGAUAAUCAGCUUCACGGCGUCGCCGUUCGGUGUGCAGCACUUGCUUCGUAUUUUUGUGAAAUUCUUU